AUGUCUACAAGAAAGAGGAAGAACGAAGAGGAGGAGCUUGUCGCCCUCCCAAGUGACGAGAGUGAUGAGGAAGAAGAAUACGCCGAAUCUGAGGGCUCAAACUUCAAUUCCGACGACUCUGACGCCGAAGAGCCCCCACCCAAGAAGAAGACCAAGCGCACCAAGCCCAAAGACGAUGAGGAUGACGAAGACGAGGAGGAGGAAGACGAUGUAAGCGACGAUGAUGAUGACGAUGCUGCGGUGCCUGAGGAAGAUGACGAUGACGAUGAGGACGCCAAUCCCAAAGCCAAGAAACCAGCUGGCGCAGAGAAAGAUCGGAAAGUCAAGACGACGGGCAAGGCUGAUCCCGUACCUGUGGUCGACGAUGAUGAUGACGACGAGUAG